AUGAAUAACUUUCUAGAGCAUAUACCUUCGAAUCUAGUGAGUAAUACGCAUCUUGUUUCGCAAAAUUUAACAGCAAUUCGAAAGUCUAGAACACUGAUGCCGAAUGAAGAUAAGGCAUCAUUUCUUUCGAACAAGCGAUGCAGUAAUAAUAAACAAGACAAAAGAGGCAGACGCUUCGCCUCAUUCAUCGAGCACUUUAAAAAGCGAUCCAAAUCAGCAGAUCAAUCAAAUAAACAAUCCUUUCGUCAGUCAGCUAAAUCAGGGGAUAAUUUAGUUGAGAAUGAAUCAAGCACAUCAAACUGUCAACGUGUCAUUACAAGCACUUUUAUUGCCGAUACAAAUUUACAUAUUAUUAAUCAUAAAAAUCAGUUUAAUAGCUGUCCAGUACGAAACCACAUAAAUUCUCCUGCUACUUAUGAUAUUUAUCCCAAUACAGUUAUGUCUACAUCUGUAUAUGAAUCAACAAGUUCUUCUAAUACCCAUCGAAUGGAAUUACAGUCGAAUUGUAAACCUAGACCGGCAUCUUUUCAUCCUUCAAGUCAAAUACUAACUCACCAUAAUCCACAUCUUUAUCAGAACAGUAUUUUUUCGUCUUCUUUAAAUAAAGAAGAAACAGUUUCUCCUUACACUUAUUGUAAUAUUAAUAAUUUACACUAUAUGGAAUCAAAUCAACAGAAUGAAAUCCAUAACACGAUAAUGUAUGAUUCUGUUUUUGAUUAUCCUCCUACUCUAUCUCCAUACCCUUGUCCAACAUACAUUCCUCCUUCAGAUGAUGUUACACCGACUAAUGAAAAUGUUAACCCUUAUCCAUUUAAUUGUCGAUCAAGAAAUCGUCCAACAUCUGUUGAUUUUCAUCGUAUUCGUAAAAUGCACACUAGUAUGAAACAAUUUUUUACAUUUAAUCAUAAUAAUAGUAGAAAAGAUGAUUUAUCUCAAAAGUCGACUAAUAAUAAGGUACAAGUGAAAGAAAAUAAUGUCCUAAACCCUUCAUUUUUUGAUAGCAGUUAUAAUAACAGUAAUUUAAAUUCUCCUGUUGUAAAUACCAAUAAUUCAUCCCAUCGGAUUUCAUUAAAUUGUUCGAAUAAUACAAAUUUUAAAGGAACUAUACUGCGCUCCUUCAGUUGUACUCCUAAAUCAAAUUACGAAAGCAAGAAAAAAGUUAAAUCGCAAGCACUAAAAUCACAAAAUAUUUCAAAAGAUGUCACUACUACUUGUAACACUAAUACUACUACUACUAGUAGUAGUGGUACAAGUAGUUGUGAUUACAGAAGAAAAACACUGGACAGUGAUCCUGGUUUGCAUGAAACUGAAACACAAAGUCGAUUGCUUGUUCAUCCUUCUAAAGAUAAGCCAGUUAAUGGUUGUGAAUCAACUUAUUCAAGCAUAGUGAGUAGAAAUUCACUCAAAAUAAACUCAAAAUUUGACAUGGUGAAAUCCUCAUCUGUUUGUCAAGUUACCACUUGUCACAAUAUGCCAAAGUUAUCUGCUAAAACAGUACAAAGUGAAAAUAAUGUGCCAGUCAGUUCAACGGACUGUAAACUAAUAACUGAUAAUACCUUGACACGGGCAAACACUUUAUCUACAGUGGGUAUUACGAAUCCCGUUAGCAAUAGUGCAACUACUCUUCAGCUGACACUGUCAAGAAAUUCGAGUCAACUGACAUUAUUACUACACCGACUAGAACAUCUCAUCCUAGUUCCACAUAAUAUACCGAUGAAUGGGAAUACAACCAGUUCUGAUUUACCUGAUAAGCAAAAAUUAAAGAAGUUGCGAAAUUCUCGUUUAAUGUCAAAUUUUAACAGUACAACUGACGACAGCAAUCACAUGAGUAUGAAUAAAUUUAUGCAGACCACUUCUCUGUUAGAUUAUUUAUCAAAUGAUGUCAACAAUUCAGCUUUCAGUACUCUGAAGAAUACUACUUCAAGGUCAGAUGUUUGCAGCACACUGCCAUCGAACAUUCAAACUACAGUUAAUCACCUAUCAUCUGUGAAUGACUCAAAACCACCUAACGAUAGUAACCGUUUGUCUAUGGUUAAUCCUGAUAAUGUGAAUUCAGUACCAGAGGGAACACAGUUUGCUAAUGAACUGUCAACAAAUACUUUUUGCACACAAAACCAUAAUGAACAAAAGACAGUAUCGAAGGCAUGCCCUGAGUUACUAUGCAAUUUGCCUGAACUACAUUGCGCAAGAUUGUCUAAAGCGCAUAGUGUUCUAGGAUAUGAAAGUGUUAGACAUGAUAUUUUCAGUAAAUCUGAUGACAACAAGGAUUACUGUAAUUCAAACAAUGCAUAUCCAUCACUUCGUAAUUCUCGUCGUAGGGAAAGUGCCAGAAUUCAUCCACACUAUCAGUCCGUUCAGUGCUCAGCUGCAGUUCUUCGUCCUCCACGCCCACCACAAAGAACAACUUCACUAGUCAGAGAUAAUCAGCCAGUCAGAUCUAACAGCAUUAUCAGUUCAGAUGCAUCAUACUCUUCGCACAGUAGCCCUAAUCGUAAUCCAACAAGCUCUAAGCAAGAACCAAACAGUCAAAUUUUAUCUACUUCACUUUAUGGAACAUCCAAUCAGAACAGAUAUUCAUAUAUUAAACCCUUGGAUAAUAUGAGCAUUGCAGCCGAUAAACUAACUGAUAAAGAAGUCAGUGAUUUGAAUUCAGAGAAUGAUACAGUCUGGUGGUCUCAUCUAUUGCCCUACAAACCAUCAAAUUUACCAAGUAAUUUAGCUGAUCGAUUAAGACAACGGAACAGUUUAAUCCUCUCUAGAAGUUCACCAACAGCUCGACUUUCAAACAGUUCACUGCCUACUUCAUUCCCGUAUAACUGUUCUAAUCAAAUUAACAAUAGUAAUAAUAAUAAUAAUAAUAAUAACAGUAAUGGUAAUAAAGUCGCCUACAACAUUCCCAAUCUAAUGAUCCAAUCAAUGUAUGAACAGAGUGAUUCUUCGGGUUCUAGUGGAUUAAGAACCGAUGGUUUAUCUUCUUUGUAUUAUACACGAAAUAAAGGUGUCAGUGAAUCACGAAUCAGACAUUCAAGACCAUUAAGUGUUCAUACAGAUUAUUCACACAGUGCUAAUAAUUCAUUUCAUCUACCGUCAUUAACACAUUUAAAUUCAACAAUAAACACUGACACUGUUCAUUAUUCCUCAUCGUCAUCAUCAUCACAACAAAGACAACACCAACAACAACCUAGUCAGCAAAUACCAACACGGCCAUCUAGUCUUUCAUUAGGCUUAUCUUUCAAAAAUGUUACCCCUAAGGCAACUAGUUUUGUAGCAACAACAACAACAACACCAACCAUAACAACCACAAGAACAAAUAAAUUGUAUGAGUCUCAUAACUCUUCGGCAUAUUUACCUCAAGCAAACAUUUUCAAUAGUAUUCCUGACUACCUAUUGACACCAUAUCCGCCUAGUGAUAGUCCAUUACUGGGUCAGUAUUGUCGUUUACUACUACUUCGAACAAACGACGGUAUACAGAGAAACAACAUUAACAUCAAUAAUAAUGUUGACAAUAAUAGCAAUGGUAUUAAUAUUAUUAAUAUGAAUAAUAAAAAUGUCUCACCACCAAUUGAACAUUCUUCAAAAUUAACGCCAACUGCUGAAACGCCCGCAACACCCGUUUAG